AUGUGCGAGAGGAGGAAUCAAAGCAGCCGCUACAUAUGCAAUAGGCAACGAGAACCUUCAGCACUGUACUGCUCCCUCUUGGCGCACACUGACGGCCCCAGUCGCUUCGCGACUUGCGCGGUCUCUUUGCCCCCGCGUUCGCGCAUCACAGAUCUUUCCUCUCCUUUGUUUCUCACUGCACAGUCCCCAGUCCUUUUUUCAGCCGCGAUGAAUCGCUGGAGCAUGAGCAAGACGUACAAAGCCGAUGGUGAAAAGCACCUCGAAGGCAAGAGCUGGGGCACACAAGAAAGAGAGGCGGGGUUGCCAACAAAUAUGCGUGUCAACAGUUUCACUCCACCAGCAGAGGAGGUACUGAAGGUAUCAUUCCUCAAGGAGGCUCCAAUUCUUGGCAGCGUGACUCUCAGGUCAUUCCACCCCAAAUUUGUGCUUGCGAUUUGCUUGCAGCGCUUGUUCGAGAAGGGCCUCGCCAAUGGGCUGAUGCGACUAUCGAUCCAGCCGGUGCUGACGGGCCGCUACGGACUCACUGGCGCCGUGUACCAGCGCCUGUCCACCCUCUACACGCUGGGUUGGGCCAUCAACGCAUUUAUCACCGUCAUGGCGGACACGUCCAUGCAGGCCAUCAUCGAUAGCUGCCGCAUCUUCCGAAUCCCGGUCAGCGGUCCGACCCUGGUGACCUGGAGAUAAGACUGUGCUACGCCGGGUGUCAUGCUUGCAGCUGCUGCUUAGGGUCCUCUGUCUGACAAGAAGCCUGUACAACCUUGGCGCGUACAUCACUGCUGGCCUCUUGUACUCUGUGAGCAUAUUGUUCAUCGUCAGUGUCUUUGCGAAGAUGCCAAGCCGUGGGCCUCGCACUGAGCAUGUGAAAGUCGACUUUCCUCUUGAAGAGGGGAGCACUGAAGACUGUAGACGUCGACCACUCAGUGGAGCCGACUUCUAAGGUUGGGAAGUCUGUGGUGUUGUGGCGAGCACACGGAGAAGGACGAUGAGUCGCCUGGCUGUGUGGUAUCGGAGGCGAUUAGCGCGUUCCGGGGUGCCAUUGAGCUCAAACUGGAGGUGGUGAUGCACAACUGGUUCAUGAUCAUCUGUUACUACCUCUUGACCCUUGCAGCGACGACGAAGAUGACUGUAAGGAUUGGUAUUACGCUCUUGGCGAUCAUGUGAGCAUACAUUAUCUACCUGAAGCUCCCUCGGAUGCUCAACAAGCUCCACCUCACCGCACUCAAGUAUCUCCUGGAUGGACCACGCUACAACUGCAGCUUCGACAAAAUCACGAAAGGUCUCAUGAUCGAUGUGGCAAAGGAUCGUAGAUAUGACGAUCCCCACGCAUCUCUUCCUGAGCCUCUGCUACAGUGGGAACAUGGGCGACGUUGUCACCCUAGCGCCCAUCGCGUCCCCAUAUUCGACCUCAGCGGAGUGGCGCGCAGGAAUGUGGACGCGGGUAACCAUGACCAUGCAGCGUGA